GAUGCAAUACCCACAGUGCAAUUUGAAACUCAGUGCCAAGUUCCCAACUCAAAUGACUACAACAUUGUGAGCAGUAAUAUCACGUCAUCAAGCUUUUCCAUCACUUGGAAUUAUCCUGUUCACAGUGACAAAUGGUGCCCUCUAGAGUUAUAUGAAAUAAUACUUCAAGACCAAUGGAAAACAUUCUCUCAAGAGUUAUUCUUUCCACUCAAUUAUACUGUUUUCUCAGCUUUACUACCAGCCCAUCAAUACACAGUAUAUGUAUGUGCAAAAACGAAACAUGGAAAAGCACCUUGCUCUUUGCCAUUUGCAGUUACUACAGAAGGAGAAGUGCCAGAGAAAGUGAGACAUCUUACUGUGAAAUCAAGAAAUCCAAGAGACAUACACAUUUCUUGGAGAAGGCCUUUGUUCACUGGAAGCAUAAAGGGAUACAGGAUACAAUAUGAGUGUGUGACAAAUAUCGUUUGCGAAGAAUCAUGUCGCAAUUCCAGUGGAAGUCUAGAGACCACAGAACAGUCAGCAAACCUAUUUAAUUUAUUGCCUUACGCGCAAUACAAAAUAAGGGUUGGAGCAUUUUCUUCAAGACAAGGACCCUACACAACGUUGUUUGCAACAACAAAACCGGCGAGUCCAGAUGUUUCCCCUAUUGCCAGCGACCAACCAAUUGUUUCCAAAAGUAAUACAACAGUGACUGUCCAAUGGCAACCUCCUCCGUGUCCUGGUCGCAAUGGUCAGUUGAGGGGAUAUCACGUGAGUCUUGCCACGGAGGCAGAAAAUGGGAUAAGAAUUCUUCAGACUGGAACAACCAAACUUUUACAAGCUAGUUUUACAUCUCUGACUCCAAUGACCCAAUACCAAGUUUACAUAUAUGCAAUGAACUCUCAUGGAUGGAACGCAGAUUUCAAAUUGGUCAUUCCUUUUUCAUCUUCUGGAACAGUUCCAGAUAGAGUUCAAAAUUUACAAGUUUAUAAAAAGGGACGACGAAUGAUAGGCAUUAGAUGGGCAAGGCCCUCAAGAGUAUAUGGAACGCUAAAAUCAUUUACUGUCUCCUACCAGCAGAAAGAUACAGGAAAUAAAUUCUCACAAACUGUGUUGCCGAGUGCUUGCUCUGGAUGGCCGCACUUGAUCUGUUACACUAUCAACAAAAAUUUGCAGCCUGAUAAGCAGUACAUUGUGUCAGUAGCAGCCCGGAAUACUGAGAUUGACGAGGAUGGAAUGGUGUCUGAAAUAAUCGCCAAAACUCGAGAAGAUGCCCCUGAAGCACCUACUUCACUGAAAAUUACAAGAGGUACAAGUACAUCCCUUGAAAUGGAAUGGGGAUUGCCAAACAUGUUUAAUGGAGAGCUCCGCUCAUUUCUUGUAAAUGUUGAACACAUAGAAUCUUUGAAUGAAUCAGAAUGUUGUGAAUAUUUUCCAGUUCAAGAAUUACCUGUUAGAGAAGAAACACCCAUUUACAAUCUAGAGGUUACUGGUUUAAAUCCGGCAUCAACUUAUGUAGUCAGUGUAACUGCAAAAACAAUCACACUAGGACCAAGUAUCAAUGCAACCUACUUCACUUCUCCAUUGCCCCCAACCAAUCUCCGAUCUCCACAGGCUCUGGGUGUAGCAGAUGACGGUGAUUCUUAUCUUUUGAAAAUUCAACCAACUAACAUUACUUCAACUCCUAACAGCAAAUAUCUUUUACUAGUAUUGCCUUCUAGCAAAUUUCCUCCACCAGUCAUCUGGGAAAGAGAAUUAUUAGAGAAACUAACUGAAGCAGUUAAUGCAAGUUUCUACAUUGUUUCAGAGUUUACAAGCGCUGAGCUUGUGAGUGCGCAGGAAGUUAAAAUAAGCACAGGCAGCGAUGUCACGAAUGGAACUCUCGGCCAGCUGAUGGAUCCUAAAUUUUCUCCUGGUUACUACAAAGUGGGACUGGCUCUUGUGCAAAGAUAUGGACAAGCCAUAAGUGUGGCUUUGGCAACAAGUAACCAAUUUGAAUUUCGAACAGUUGACUUAGGAAGAGUGAUUUCUUAGGCGAGGUUUCUUCAUGUCUGAAUGUAAUGUGCAAGAAGAAAUAUACUAUUAUUUUUUGGCAUAUAAUACAUAGUUUUUGUCACCUGACUUAAUGCAAAUUAAAACAUACGAUAGUAUGCUCAAAGUGAUGAAUACAUGCCAAAAAAUGAUCCCACCCACAACAGUACAUUUAUCCAUGUUCAGUUCUAAAUAUACUUUUAAGAAGAUUAAGAUGCAUUUAUUCAAAUCAGUUGUAUUCAUCACCACAUACAGCAUCCACAAUCUUCUAAUGUUACAAAUAGCAAAAAACUGCAUCUUGUUCAUUCCUUUUUGGGUCCAUGGACACUCGUGCGUGACGAGUGAAGGAAGCAUAAGCCGAACUUGAAUUCGAUGAUUUGCAAACAAUAUAGCUUAAAGUAAAUACAAUGAACCUAUUUUCGAACAAUAUAUGUAGUAUUUGAAGCAUAAGUAGCACUCUGGCAUAGCAGAAGAAAUAUUAGGGUUAAGUGCAACUACCAG